UCACAAAAUUGUCAGAAAAAAAGAUCAUCUCCUGGAGACCGCCAAACACAACAGCUCUACCAAAGAUUCCAACUGGCGCAAUUCCGCAAUUAUCAGGCCCCUAUUAACAAACCCAAACCAGUUAAUCCUAAUAAAUUGACACCAAACACAACGGAUCAAACCAACAAAGUUCCAUUAAAACAACAUAAUGACCCAAAGAACCCAUAUACAAAUCCUAAACCUAUAAAUAUUACUCCCAAACAGCCAAUUAACAAACCAAAUCCCCCUCCUACUUUUCAAUCUAACAAACCCAAGCAACCAUUUAACAACAAGAAUGAAGAAACCUUGGAUGCAAGUAUCCAUGCUCACAGUUCUUGGGCAGAUGACUACGAUCAUAAUUAUAAUUACCAUCGUCCUAAUGACAAUAAUGAUCAAAACGAACAGCCUGAUAUGCUAACCAAAAUUUCCAACCAACUUGAAACCAUUGCAAGCCA